CACAAGGCCACAAAUCCCUCCUGCGCUUUCUGCAAUCUGCAUGCACCCAAGCUCUUUUCCGUCGUCACCAACAUCAUCAUCAUUCCACACCCUUCCGCCCUCUCCACCUCAAACCUGAACCUUGCUCUUUCUCCUCGACCUCAAGCAGGUUCCUUUUUCCACAGCUUCAUCCACAGCUUCAAUCGUGCUGUUCUUGUUCUAUUCAUUCUUCCUCACCUCAGCUCUUCCUUCGACUCUUACCCUGCCCAUCCAGGUACUUGCAGCUUCACACUAUAACUCUCAACAUCACCGUCGCAUAAGCGUAACCACCUACCUCAUCUGUGUUACCUCUAGCUACCUCCAUCAUGGUCUCGCGAGUGGUCAACCUCGGGUUGCGAGGAUUUCAGUUCCUCUGCAUUCUCAUCGUCAUGGCCCUGGUCGGCAACAUGAUUGCCACGGCCUUCGCGGGAAACCCUUCCCUCAUCAACUACGAUAUCUUCGUAGCAACAUUCGCAAUGCUGUCACUCUUCUAUCUGAUAGCCAUCAGCUUCAAUGAGUCCUUCACCGGCCACUCCAUCAUCCCCGUCGCCCUCGACGCCCUCAAUGUACUCUUUCUGUUCUGCGCUGCAGUCGCCAUGGCGGCUGAGCUUGGUGUGCAUUCAUGCAGCAACAGUUCUUACACUGAACGCAACCACAUCACCAACGGUGCUGAAGACACCGAGGGUCGGUGUCGCAAGGCCCAAGCCACCACCGCUUUCCUCUGGUUUGCCUUUGCCGCCUGGACUGCUAGCUUGGUCUUCACCUUCCUCGCUGCAAGAGGUGGCGGCGUCAACUUGAAACCCGGUUUCGGCAGGAGAGGUGGGCCAUCCAUGUCGCAAGUGUAAAGGUGUGCAGAGACGGGAAGGGACAAAAUUCGUCGGUUUAAAGGCUGAUCGGGCUCCCCGGACUUCUGCACCACGUAUGCUUCGAGACACUUCUUCAUUCAAGAUCGCAGAGCAUUCUAACCAUUCACAGGCGUUUAAAUCCUCUUUGUCGCACUAAACUCGUCCUCUGCUCGAUCCUUCUGACCUGUCAAACUUGCGACGCAUCGAGUCAUUCCCAUCGUAUGGUCGUAAUUCACCCGGGAGCUAUCGCCUCCCCCCUCCAUCGAUUGGGAAAAAACAAAAACAAAACAAAAGACAAAAACUGUUUGCCACGCCAUGUUAUGAACUUUUUGGGGGAAAUCUUGCUUUCAACGAUGCAAUCAAAUGGACAGGACAACGCACACGCCCCCGCUGGGUGGGUUCGUGAUAAUGUGUACGAAUACAAACCAUGCGUAUACCGACCAGUGCCUUGCACUUUGAUCUCUUAAUGUGGAUAACGACGACCAGGUUGGACAAAAGGCGCCCAUUGGUGCGUAUGAAGAAGGAGGGAGGGCAUCAUGGACUCUUGUCUGACUUCAUGUCUGAUUCCAAUCAUGGGACAUCUCUAUAGCAAUAUUGGUCAAGCUAAGUAUCUAAUACAGUGCAAUUGCUAAUUGAAAUAAAUUCAGAGAUGCUCGUUCAUGCUGUUUCAUGCUCUUCAUUGUUGUUGUUGGUGGUCUCCUACACUACGAGCGUUGCUCAUGACGUCCUCCG